AUGGAAGUAUGCUUCUCCUCCGAGUUUGUCCCUUAUGGGAAUGAGACGGGCUGGUUGGCAGUGUACAGCAGCAGAGGGCCUUCUGUUCAUGAUGCCACUGUAGCUGCUUUGAUUGACAGGGUGCAGAUUGGAAAGCCCCUCCUCCUGGAAGUCUCAGAUGUGACCAUGACGAACAGUAUCUAUACUCAUUCUACCAGCUGGCAGAUUAGAGCAUGUCCCUCUGGGACCGAGUACUUGAAUCUCAUGUUGUCCAAGAGAGGUCGGGAUAUCCCGUCCUUUGCCCCUCUGCCCACAGACACAGAGGACAAGCAGCAGGAUAAAGCCUCAACCAAACCCACAGACAGUCACAAGCGAGCUGUUUGGAUUUUUUCGGACAAACGGGCAUAUGCAACACAGACAGACAUCAAAUUUGUAGCAGUAACAGAAGUGCCGAAUCCUCUAUACUUUCAUUGGAGAUUUGAGGAUGGACCUGAAAUAAAAACAACAUCCAGAAUCUUCAAAAAGAGAUAUCGCCUCCCAAACAAAUACAAUGUCACUGUCAAUGUGUCUAACGGUCUCACAUCCAUCAGCUCAGAUAUUUAUCCUGUUGUGAUUCAGAGAGCUGUGCAGCCCAACAGGCUUCUGUACAGUCCCUCAGUUUUAUCAAACCGUUCUGUAAACUUCACCUGCCGGAUCAGCUCAGGAACUGAUGUCUCGUAUCUUUGGAAUUUUGGAGAUGGAACAGAGCGAGACGGAUCACGCGCUGAGCAUCAUGUCUUUAACAGAACUGGAGAGUACAUAUUAGAGGUUAUUAUGUUCAACCUAGUGAGCUCAGCCUCUUUAACAGGGCACAUCUUUGUCGUUGAAGAAUCAUGUCAGCCUCCUCCGGUGAAAAACAUGGGCCCAAAUAAAAUACAGGUGUGGCGGUAUCAAAAUGUCCAUCUUGCUGUGACGUUUGAGGCUCAGAUUCAGUGUAAUGUCUCCAGAGGUCUCCUGUAUAGAUGGACUAUAUACGACAUGAGCGGACGACCGCUGCUCCUCCCACACAUAGACACGACACGGCAGUAUAUUGAUCUUCCGAAAUACCUCCUUCAUUAUGACACAUACAAAGCUAUUGCAAAGGUCCAGGUAUCCGGUAAUGUGGUGUACAGCAACUACAGUGUUUUAAUUGAAGUGGUGCGCAGUCAUCCUGUCAGUGUCAUCAGCGAAGCCACAAAUAUUUUCAUCAAUCGUAAAAGCGGCAUUAUUGUUACUCUAGAUGGGCGAAAAUCACACGACCCAGAUUUCCCCAAUAAUACUUUAAGUUACGGCUGGUCAUGCAGGCCUGUAAACACAGAAGAGAGCAGCUGUUUCAACAGGAACAUCGUGACCACUUCAGCAGUUCUUGUAUUUCCCGCUCUUGCCUUGAAACCUGACUUUGACCUGCUUAAAUUCACUCUUACUGUGUACAGUGGCCAUCAAUCUUCUUCAUCUGAGAUGUUCAUCACUGUAACAUCAAAACGUGCCAGCAACAUUCAUAUGUCUUGUGAAGAUUGCAGAGAAAAUUCAGUGAACUGGAAUGAGCAGUUUUCUGUUUCUGCUCUCUGUGAUGAUUGUGGUUUCAAUGCAAAAAAUGUAAUCUAUCACUGGAAACUUUACAUUGUUAAUGCCUCAAGCAAAGCUGUUACAGAGGUUCCAUUCUGCAGUAGUAUGGAUCUAAGUUUACCCUCUAAAAUGGAGGAGAGCUUACAUUUCUCCCAGCCUGCUGCGACACCCUACACUCCAGCCCAUUUUACUGAUCCCUCCGUUCCAGAUAUAGGCAUAUCUUUGGCUCCUUAUCUUUUAUCUAAAGUUAUUAGACCUGACCUUACAGCCCCAGUUACACAAGAUACACUGACUUCAAUGAUGCAUACGAAACACCAUAGCGUUAAUGUACGCACGCUGAUUGAAAGUCCCAGCACAAACCUGUACCACCGUCCAGCAUUUCCAACUAUCAAACCUCCCUUCUUUCCUUCCUUCCCUGGGGAAACAGAGUCGUCUGGGGGUCAGUGGGAGUUUCAUGGUUCCUUACCAGCCCCAGACUUGCAUACUGAGGACAUGAUUUACACAGACAUUUACGAGACAAUAUCAGGUGAUCGUCCCUCGCUACCAGAGUAUGAUUACUAUAGUUUUGGAAUUGAAGAGGCUGAUCCUGGUGUUCCAGUUGGCAGACCUACAGGGACCAAUUCAAUGGGAUUUAGUUGGAAUGAAGGAUCAUUCCCUCACUCUUAUGACAAUGAGGGUGAUAAUCUGGUGGACCCCAACCUGUUUGGCCCUGCAGUUUCUGAGAAGACCCUGCUGGAUCUGGACCGACAGCUCAUUCAUCAGUCUGUGUUUGAGUCUUACACUCUCACAGGAUUAUCUUCUGCGGUCGUCACAUUUAAACCCUUCAUGCUUGAACCAAAGAGUCUUUAUUUGCUCGAAGUGUCUGCAAGUUCUGAGGAGCGGCUACAAGGGAAAAGCCAGCUGUUCUUCCACACACAAGCUGUUCCGGAGGGAAUGAGCUGCCAAGUGCAGCCCAGCACAGGCUCUGAAAUCCACACUCAUUUCAGCGUCUUCUGCUCCUCUGGAAAAGAGGAUCUCUUGUAUGAGUACAGUUUUAGUGUUGGAAACGCUGAAAGGAAACUCCUUUACGAAGGCAGGGAUUUCCAACAUUACUUCAAUCUUCCUAGUGGAGAUCCUAAUGACGAUUACAAAGUCACAGUCUAUAUUGAAAUAAAGAACAGAUUUGGAGCAGCGACCAAACUAUGUCCUGUGACAGUGACUGUUCAUCCAAGCUUUCAGAGAGACUCAUCCUCCCAGCCCAGCCCUGAUCAAGAACUGUACAUGUACGGAAUCGGUAACCUAACCGGUCUGAGUAAGAUUGGAAGCAACCGAGACAUCAUCAACUACAUCUCUGUUUUGAUCACGGUGCUGAACCGCUUGAGUCUGGACCCGGAGUCUUCUGUCGAGCAUCUGACACUCACACGCGCCGCCCUUGUUUCAGCGGCCUGUCAGCUGUCCAUCACUGACAAGGGAGAUUUAUUUGAAAUAAUUUACAGUCUUACUGAUUUGAUAAGAAUCUCCAGUCAAGUGACAUUUCACAGUGCCAAAGAAGUAAUCCAGCAUGUUCACGACAUCACAUCCCUUUUACAUGAGUCCAAGCCUCCAGAAGGCCAUACAUUGGACAUUGGGAUGGUGAAUGCACUGGUAUCUCUCCUGUCUGGUGUGUUGGAGGCUCCAGUGCUUUCGUCCAGACCAGGACACCAACUCACAAACAAAGUGCUUUACACCAUCACGAAUUUAGUAUUGGAGUGUAUGCUAUCCAGCAAUAUCUUGCAGUACAAUGUGAACACUACUUUUAUGGAAGUGUUAGCCUGGAAGGAUGGCGAGUCUUAUUCGAUGGUGAAAACAUUUGGCAUUACUACGUUCCACCUCACUGAUUUUCUCGAGAUGCAAUUUCAGCAAUGGAGUAGCAAUAGCCAGCACAAGCCCUGCAUCAUUACCUGGCUCACAGUGUACAGGCACAGCCCAUAUCGCUGCUCCAGAGACAUGCAGUUCAGUGGAGAGACAGCAGACAUUCGACUCUACAACUGCACCACUAGGAAGGAAAUCCAAAGCAGACAUACAGAGUUCACUCUUCUGCGCAGUCAGGUGAACAGUCACCAGUUCAACAUGACGUCACUGACCCUUCAGAGAGCCCUGCAGAUCACUGUGCAGUUUAACAGACCAGCUGAACGCCCCUUUCCCAUUCUGCUGCUGCUUAGAAUAUACCAGCAGCCAACACCUAAUAAGUACAACGAACAGAAAAUAUAUCACUGGAAAGGACAGACAGCUCACAUCUUCCUCUCUCAAUCCUAUUUGCAUGCUACUGGUGCUGUCUUCCUGAUGCUUCUCAAUGCAGACUAUAAUAAAAGCCUUAGCAAUAAGUACAUUGCCAGAGCUGUGAACUACACACUUAGCAUCGAGUCUGUGGAGUGUCUUUCCUGGGAUGGUGUGAAAGAGAGGAAGCCCAGGGGUUGUUUUUCUCAUGGUGGUGUUUCCCCAGACAAGAUCUACUGCAGUUGCAGCCACCUGGCAUCAUUUGCAGUAUCACAUGAGAACAUCUUAAGCAGCUUCAACUCUGCAGAUGUUUCACAGUUUAUCCACUCCAAAACCAACUACACACUGAUCAUUUUGUCAGUAAUAUUCCUGGCUCUCUAUGUGGUGGUGUUGGUCUUGUGUAAAAAGGCUGAUGUUUCCAUUCAGAAAACUACAGGCUCAUUCCUGCUUCCAGAAAACAAUCGCUCGGACAGAUUCCUCUAUGCGGUCACCAUAGAUACAGGCUUUAGAUCUAGAACCAGAAUGACAGCAAAGGUUCACAUUGUUCUAUAUGGAGAUGAUGGUGUCUCUCAAACAAGGGAACUCAGCAGCUCUGACUCCAAACUCUUCACAUGCAACUCAAGGAACACUUUUAUUCUGAGCUCCCCAGAGAGUCUGGGUCGGGUAUGGAAGGUGCAUCUUUGGCAUGAUAAUGGAGGCUCAUCUCCUAGCUGGUACCUGAGCCAUGUGCUGGUAAAAGACCUGGUGCAGGGGUCCAGCUGGUUCUUCCUGGGCCAGUGUUGGCUGGCAGUGGAUGAGGGAGAUGGACGGGUGGAGAGGAGUUUAUCUGCUUCUGAAUGCGGGCUGACAUUUAAACAGUUUCUAUAUCUGAAACUCACAGAAUACUUGGAGGACUUCCAUCCGUGGCUGUCUGUGUACAGCCGUCCGUCUUUCAGCUCUCACACACACACUCAGCGUUGGAGUGUGUGUCUGCUGCUCCUGCAGGGCUACAUGUGUGUCAGCGCCGUGCUCAUAAAUCUUUUGGAAGAACAGUGCUUUUUAGAGCUGGGCCUUAUUGAUGUUUCACCGGUUUCCAUGGUAACAGGCCUGUGGAGUGUUCUUGCUGUGAUGCCGGUGGGGGGUCUGGUGUCCCUGGUGUUCCGUGUCGGCAAGACCAUGUCCCGUAGUGUGUCUGGAGAGCAUUAUAAGGUUACGGUGCCUGAUGUCUACUCUGUAGAAGACAUCCUAGAGAAGCGGCAGUUUUGUGGUGGUAGAGUCCGAAGUCUUCAAUCCUGGUGUUAUUAUGUGGGCUGGACCCUCUGCUUGACUCUCUCUCUUACAUGCGUCAUCAUCACGGGAACUCUUGGAGUAAAGUUCAGCAAAACAAAGACUCUUCUGUGGGCUCAUUCUGUGUUCUUUUCUCUUGUCUGCUGUGGCUUUGUACUGCAUCCAGCUAUGAUACUCAUAAUUACUAUCGCAGUGUCUCUGCUACAUCGAAAGAGGUCGAACUGGUUCCACAAUCUAAGUGUAACUGAGCCUGUCACUGAGUUAUUGAAACACGAGGACCAAACCAUUGAGGAUGUCUUGGUUAGCAAAUACCAGCAGUCCCAUUUUGAAAAGGUGCUCGCUGCCCGUCAGAGAGCCAGGUAUCUGCGUCUAGUGCGGCCACCCAAUUCAAGAGAGUUGAAGUGUGUGAGAGGCCAGAUCAAGAAACAGACUCUCCUUCACAAAACCACAAGGGAUUUGAUGUUACACCUAAUCAUGCUGUCGACGAUUCUAUUUGUCACUUAUGGAAAGUCUGCCAAUGACAAGUACCAUUUGAAUCAGGCUAUCAAAACUCAUUUCACAAAGGGUCCGCAAAAUUCAUUUCACUCCAUCCAAAAACAUGCCGAUUGGUGGAAAUGGACAACAACCACUUUCCUAGAGAGACUAUAUGACAAUGCCAACUGCCAUGAGAAAGGAAUAGAAAAUGAAACAGGAGAUAUUAGAGGUGCUUUCUCUUUUAUUGGGAGUCCGGUUAUUAGAAAGAUCAAGAGCACAUAUAACUCAUCAUGCCAGAUCUUGAAUUUGUUGGGCAAGAACAAUAUGAAAUCCUCUGAUAACCAAUCUGUGGCAAAGAGACACUUACUUUGUGGGAAACUUGGGUGUUAUGAGGGAGAAAGAGUGAGUGUGAGCCUGGGAAAAACAAGGUUCACAGCAAUCAAGUCAUUUAAAAAGCUUCUGGAUACCAGCUGGAUGACACCAUUCACCCAGAUUGUGAUGGUCCAAUUUCUCCUGUACAACGGGCCCAGUAACCUCUUCACGUCAGUCACCAUUCUAGUAGAGCAAACCUCAACAGGAGCUCUGAUACCCUCAGCAAGUGUUCAGUCCACUAGACUCUACCAUUUCCCAGCUGCCCUUGACUACAGUGUUAUGACCUGUGAGCUUCUUUUCUUUUCAUUUAUUCUGCUUCAUAUGUAUUGGCAAAUAUAUGUUAUGACUCAAAGAGGAUGGCUUUACUGGAGAAACAUUAGGAGCUGGCUAGAGGUGACAGUUAUCAUCUGCAGUCUUUUACGAUAUAUCUGCUCUGUGUACAACUUUAUGCUAAAAACAGAGAGGAUUGACUUCCUUCAGAAGGUGGAUUUUAAAUUACCUGUUGAUCUAAGCCCCAUCUUCUUUUGUGAGCAGCUUUCUCAAUCACUCCUUGGUGCUGUUGUGAACUUGCUUCUUCUGAAAUGUGUGUCCUUACUACGACUAAACAAAGCAGUAGCAGCAGCUGUGUCUACCUGGAAUCUGAUCUUCUCCAACCUGCUUUGGUUACUGGCACCUGGUGUUAUUGUCGCAGUGGCCCUCUCUGGUCUCCGCAACUUGAUCCUUUAUUCCUUCCCAUUUACUGGUAUCACUAGAUCUGCUCAUUUGCUCUUCACUCAUUUCUUUAGCUUGAGCCACUUUAGUGACAUUUACCUCCAAACCCAGGUCCCAACAACACUUUAUUUUGGAGCUAUAUUUUGCACUAUGAUUACAUUGAAUGCUAUGGUAAUUGCCACCCUUACCAUUUUUGUGAAACAAACAAAGACAACUAAAAAAAGAAAACAUUUACUGACUCUCUUUGAGAUGAUCUAUUAUGUCAAAGAUAUGGCUUUACUCAUUAUUGGAAAAGCCAGUCCCAAGCAAACUGACCAUCAUGUCCACACUAAUAGCUUUUACUUAACAGAGUUCGAGGAUCUCAUGGAUGAGCUGUUGUUUCAUCUCUGCACCAUGUCAGACAGUCUCCACAACACCCUGCCAGCAAAAGAAAAUCUAAUUGAAGCCCAGAGCAAUUUUUCUUUCCCACUUUCUGACCAUGUUUAUUACUCCGACUCAGAGAGUAUAACUUUUGAGGGAAACUGUGUGAAUAGCCAGCCACACAGAUUGGGGCAGAAACACAAAGAAUUCCUGGAUAUGAGCAGUGCCUCAUUUUUGUCAUAUAAGGAAAACACUCACAGAUUACCACUAGAACACAGAAUGUCUCAGUAUGUACACCAAGGCAGAAGAAGAACGCAGGAGAAGAGCCUUUCAAGAGGGCUGAGGAAUUUCAAAAACCCCCUUAAAGAUCCUGUCAGAGAGUCAGAAGAGAUUCUUUCUUCAGGCAAGCAGAUCCAUUGUGCACCAGCCGAGUGGAAGGGCAUAGUGUCCUCUAAAUCAAAUCCAAGCAGAGUGGCAGAUGAGCAUAAUGAUGCCCUCAAGACUCAAAUCAUCACACAAGUGCAAAGGCACACAGUUCAUCCAGCGCAUGCCAAGGCAGCUGGACAGUCAAUCGAGGGAAUGGACAAUUCUGUAGAAGAGCAAACGGUUAUUCCAGGUUACAUUCAACAAUGUAUGUAA